GCGGAUCGUACAGUUCGUCCCCUCUCAGCUUCCGUACGUCAUUGUUGACAACAGUCAUGGCGUCUUCAAUGUCACUUCUCGGUUUGGGACGUCUAUCUGCUUUCAACGCAGCUUCUAAACUCCUCCUGAAUCCUGUCAGGUCUACAAGCACAUCGGCGGCGAGGCUGGCAGAGAAAGCAGGACAAGACACGCAACUUAUCACAGUUGAUGAGAAAUUGGACAUCACCACUCUGAGCGGGGUCCCCGAGGAGCACAUCAAGACCCGCAGAGUUCACAUCUUUGUGCCCGCCAAGACCGCCAUGCAGUCCGGAGCCAACAGCACCAAGAAGUGGAAGAUGGACUUUGACACCCGGGAGCGCUGGGAGAACCCUCUGAUGGGCUGGGCCUCCACGGCCGAUCCUCUGUCCAACAUGGUGCUCAGUUUCUCCUCAAAGGAAGACGCCAUUGCUUUUGCAGAGAAAAAUGGUUGGAGCUACGAAGUGACGGAGAAGAGGACCUCCAAGCCCCGGGUGAAGUCCUACGGAGCCAACUUCUCCUGGGACAAGAGGACCAGGAGGUCCGCCAAGUAAACCAUCUGCUAGCUGACCUGCGUUUGUCCCGCGGCGGACCUGUAUCAUUCUUGUCAAUAAAUGCAUCAUUAUAUAUGUAGAAACUAAA